UGAGAGUUUAUAUAAAUGGAGACGAAGAGAGACAAGACCACAGUAUGAGAGUGAAUCAACAGGUUAUAUAAAUGAAGAUGAGCGGAGCCAAAACCACAGUAGCAGAGUGAAUCAACAGGUUAUAUGUUCAGCAGUACAGACAGUACAAUAGGAGUACACAGUAAGAGAGAAAGGGAAGAAGCUUGUGUGAUUGAAAGUGUGUCAGGAUGGUUGCCACUGGAACAAAAGUGUGUUAUUGGCUCACACUGAUCUCAGGCCUGGUCGAGUGUUUGUGCUUCGCUGGCAUCCUUUUUGGAUGGGCCUCGCUGGUCUUUGUGCUCAAAAGCGAUGGCUACUUCAGCUACUUGUGUGUGAACAGCACAGUAAAUGAGAACAUUACCAAAGAAUGCACUAAACAGGAUGAACAGCUCUCCAUUAUCUUCACUGUCGCCUCAUUCAUGAACAACUUCUUGACUCUACCCAAUGGUUUCGUAUUUGACUAUUUUGGCACCACGGUUACCAGACUUCUAGGAAUAUCUAUCUACACGUCCGGGACCUUGAUGAUAGCCUUCUCAAAUGCUGCACUCUCAGUCAUCCUCUACCCUGCUCUGGCUCUUAUUGCUGUUGGAGGAAUUCUUCUCUUAAUCACUAAUAUGCAGGUGGGAAAUCUCUUCGGAUCCCAUCGGUCCACUGUCAUCACUCUAUAUAAUGGAGCUUUUGACUCUUCCUCAGCUGUCUUCCUUAUUGUCAAGCUACUUUAUGAAGAUGGAGUGUCUCUCCGUUACUCCCUUAUCUUCUUGUCCUGUUGCAGUGUCAUUCAUCUUAUUCGCACCUUCCUACUGAUGCCUCGCAGGCACAUCCCCUUCCCUCUCCCCGAGAAAUACACCUAUGGGCUGAGAUGUGGGAAUGCUCAGACUUCUAGUGAGUCAGAAAAAGUAAAUGGCAAGGACAACAUCCAGAAUUAUGAGGCUACAGAGACUCCAGCUAACACAGACAAAUCUACCAACACUAACAAUCCAGUCACGUCAGAGCGAAGUUUCAAAAGCUGCAUCUUAUCUUGGUUCUUCUUAUGGCAUCUGCUGUGGUUGUCAAUCAUGCAGCUUAGACACUACUUGUUCAUUGGGACUCUUAACCCCUUUCUCAACCACUUAACAGCUGGUGUCCCCAGCCUCGUGAGCACAUACACAAAUGCAUUUGCAUUCACCCAGCUGUGUGGGAUACUGUGUGCCCCCUGGAAUGGGCUCAUUAUGGACCGGAAUAAAAACAAACCCAGGGAAAAAGGUCAGAGUGAAAGUGAAGCAGACCUAAAUGCAGCCAUAUUGUCUCUGUUUGUGACAGUGGUGCAGUGUGUGCUCUUCUCCCUGUGUGCUGCCAUUCCUGUGCUACCCCUCCAGUACCUCACCUUUGUACUACAGGUUCUCAAUAGAUCCUUCCUGUACGGAGGGAACGCAGCAUUCAUCAGUGUGGCGUUCCCUCCUGCACAUUUUGGAAAGCUGUAUGGAACAUUACUGGCACUCUCAGCGGUGGUGUCACUCCUACAGUAUCCCUGCUUCGAAAUCAUCAGUGGACCUCUAAAUGGAGACCCAUUUGCUGUGAAUGUAGCUCUGACCAUCCUGAGUUGCCUGGCUUUUAUCCAUCCUAUCUAUGUUUACAUACACUGCCGGCGUCAAGCAGCUCAGCGGGCCAAAGCUGAAAACACUAACACCUCUUAAGUAGGAUUGGUCCAUAGAAUAUAUAAUAUAAAGACAACUAACAUAAAUGCAUGCACAUAAAGGGAAUGCGAUUAACCUCUGUUCUGUUAUUGACAAAUAAAUGCUAACCUAAGGUGUACUGAUUAGAAUGGAGUACUGUGGGGAUGUAAAGAAUCAGCUAUUUUCAUGUCUUUCAUUAACUGUCUUGUGUUUAUGGAGGUUUUGGACAAAAUGAUUAUUAUUCGUACACUUAAUGACAUUCUAAGCCUGAGUUUAAUUCUUGUCUAGGAUUUAAAAGGGACGACUAACAUGUUGAAUCCACAGAAAGGUCUAGCCUUUGGGUCUUUACAACAUAGAGUGCAGAAAAAGUGGUGUAUAUGAAAACAUACAUUUGUAUGACUUCACAGAAAUUCUUGGUAUAAUGAACCUACGGUGGUAACUGGAGUAAACCGAACAUAGAGAAAUGCAUGUGUGUCAUUAUGCUGCUCUCUGCAGGACAAAAAGUAUGCUAACAGAAAUUGUGCUGUACAGUUGUAUACAAUGACUUUAUUAUAAAAAAUAAAUGACAAAUAGAAUGUAUAA